UUUUAAUUCCCAAAGGGCACGAGACCCCAUCGACCAGAGAAUAGGAGGUUCGACCGAGUCGCUUCCUCUUCUGCGGUAAUCUUCAUCUCUUUUGCUUAGCCAUUCUUUGCUUCCUUUUCAUGCUUUAAGCUCUCGCAUGCAAGAUGGAGCCAGAAGUGGUGGAAGCCGAGCUAGUGUUGCCCACUCACAUGAAAUUUAAGAAGGUUCAGAUGUAUGAGAAGUACCCAAAGGGGCAGGCAAGAGUGAGGUGGAAGCAUCUCAAGCAGAUCAUUCAAGCCGAGAAUUACCAAAACUACCCACCCAAUGAACCAAAUUGUGAGUUCUACCUUAAAUAUGUCAACAUUGAGUCUCCACCAUCUAUGCAACCAUGCAAAAGAAUUUGUGAUAUAACCGGAUUCAAGGCACCUUACUUAGAUCCAAGGACCAAACUCCGUUAUGCCAAUGCUGAGGUAUUCAAGAUGAUAAGAUCGCUUCCUAAUGAUUAUGUACAACGGUAUUUGGCUCUCAGAAAUGCUGCUGUUGUGCUGAGGUAGCUGUUCAUGAUUCGAGAUUGCAAGUUGGUCAUUUGUUUCAUUUUGGCUAGUUAAACUCUACUCAAGAGAGACAAGAUAUACUUUUCAUAUUGGGUACUUUUACCACAAGAUGUCAACUUUCCUGCAUUAGCGAAUCAGAACUUACAUCAUACCAAGGUUCUUUGUGCUUUAUGUCACUCCAUUAUAAAAUAUGUAGGUUUUUAACAAGUUUAAAGGUAUAAAUAAUGGAUUUCGUGCUUGAUUAAUGCGUUAUUCAGUUAUUUUAA